AUGGCACCGAUUGCCGUUGACGACUUCUCAAACCGGCGGGUUGACUUCGUUCAGGCCGAUGAGCUGCGAACCGCAUUCUCGCUGGCCAUGUCUGCAAUGUACAAGAACGAAGUACCACUUUAUGGCGACCUCAUGAAUAUCGUGCGAACGAUCAACCACGAAACACUGGUGCAAUCGCCGAGACCCGAGAUCGAAGCUUUGAGGAAUGGCGACGUUGCGUCGGAGCGGCUAGAAAUCGAACGACAUGGCGCGAUCCGAUUAGGAACUCCAUAUGAACUCCAAACGGUCUGCCGGAUGUUUAAAGUCUUGGGUAUGCAUCCAGUCGACUAUUACGAUUUGUCGCAAGCUGGUUUACCAAUGCACGCAACCUGCUUCCGGCCAACGACAGCCACUGCAUUAAAGCAAAAUCCGUUUAGAAUUUUUACAACAUUGCUAAGACCCGAGCUUUUGGAGAAUCAAACGGCCAAAAACAUGGCUUUGGAGCUUUUGGCCAAGCGAAACAUCUUUAGCGAGAGACUAUUGGCAAUGUUGGAUGUUGCAGAAGCACAAGGGGGACGACUGGAACGAGAAAAUGGGCAGAUAUUUGUUCAAGAGGCGAUGAAGACCUUCGGGUGGCAACCGAUAGCUGCAGCGACGACUGGUGUUUAUCAAUAUCUGAAUGAUCAUCAUUCGAUCCUGGCCGAUAUUGCCUGCUUCAAAACUGCACACAUCAAUCAUCUGACCCCGAGGACAUUGGAUAUCGCCUCUGCACAGGCGCGCAUGAAGAAUCAGGGGAUGGCAGUCAAGGAAAAGAUUGAGGGUCCACCGCCACGAAAUUGCCCUAUUCUCCUACGUCAAACCAGCUUUCUGGCUCUCGAAGAGCAGGUGAAGUUUCCCACAGCGCAAAAUGUGUUAGUGAACGGCUCGCACAAAGCUCGUUUUGGAGAGAUUGAAGAGCGGGGCGCAGCGGUGACACCAGCGGGCAGGCGCUUGUACGACCAGUUGUUGAGCACAGCCAUCGCAAGAAUGUCCAAAAGCUCGUGCUCUGAGCCAGAGCAGCAGGACGCUACUAUCGCACAGGCUUUUGCGCAAUACCCUGAUAGCUGGGACGAGUUACGACGUGCGGGUCUAGUAUAUUUCGAAUAUCGUUGCUCGGUGGGAACAGAAAACAUCGUACCGCAGCAGGGCGCGACUCGUGAGACACUUCUGAGCCUGGGCGUCUUGGAAGCGAUUCCGAUCACAUAUGAGGACUUCCUUCCCCUGUCUGCAGCGGGUAUAUUCAGGUCCAAUCUUGGAGCCUCACGCCAAAACGGCGCAGAAACUUGCUCUUCCUUUUCAGACAAGGCUGGAUACGAGCGCGCUAUGCGCAGGUCAAUCAUUGACUCAGAUAGCUUGUACGACAAGGUGCAAGAGACGAGUUUGAGGGCAUGCGCGCUAGAAUUGGGCUUACCCCAGAAUACUUUCAUUGAUCAACAGCCAUAG